AUGGACUUAAAAAAUGAAAUUUUACGAACUGAAACUGGCAAACAACUUUCCGAAUAUCAGCUGAACUUGCUUAGUAAACAUGGUAUUGAAACCUUUUGCGAGUUUUAUGAAGAGGAUGAGGACAAACUUAAAGAAUUACUGGCCAUAAAGAUAGAAACAUUGAGGCAGCUAAAGAGCGAAAUGGCGCUGCUGACAAACCCAUUUAAUGAGGAACCUAUCCCUGAUAUCAACUAUGGAACGGGACUGGAAGAAUUAGACAAACUUCUGGUUUCCGUGGAACAGCAGUUCAAGCCGGGAAGAGUAUGGGAAAUAUGCGGCCAAACGGGAGUUGGUAAAACUCAACUGAUGUACACUCUGAUCCUGAACUUUGCGUGGAAACACGAUCUUCAAGCUCUGUUCAUCGAUCUCAAGAGGGAUUUCUCUAGCAAAAGGAUUACGGAUAUGCUAGCUGCACGCAAAACGGACAGUGACACCUGUGAGAGAGUACUGAAGGCAAUCCGAGUGGCGGAGGCAUCGACCAGCAGAGAACUAAUUGAUUUGCUGAAAAAUUUUUACCAGCAACUGGCUGCUGAGAAUGGGGAUGCCCAGCGAACAAAACUAGUUGUAAUUGACUCGCUGCCAGCAUGUUUCUAUGCAUUUCGGGGAAAGAAGAUGACUAUGCUACGGAAAUCUUUGCUCACAGAGCUGGCCUGCAGCAUCAGGAAGCUAUCGGUUCACGGUAUAGCCUUUGUCGUAGGCAAUGUGUCCUUUUUUCAAAAAGAAGAAGAAACUGUUAAUGAUGACGGCGAAGAUGACGACGGCCGAAGCCAAGAGGCGCCAUCGAAGAGGCAGUUGGAACCCAUGCUUGGCGACUACUGGAGUUCUGUGUGCACGUUGAGGCUUUCCCUGGAAAUGCCAAUGGAGUCGAAUGAUGAGGAAGGCUCUGACCGUACCAACCGUACAACCAGUCAAGAUGAUGGCAUUCGGUUGGUAAAUGUAAUCACAAACACCUAUGGCCCAGUAGGUGAGACCUGCCUGCUGCAGAUCACAGAAGCGGGCGUAGUCUAG